AUGUUUUACGCACAUUUCGUGCUCAGUAAGAAGGGGCCAUUGGCCCGAAUUUGGUUGGCGGCCCAUUGGGACAAGAAAUUGACCAAAGCUCAUGUGUUCGAAACCAACAUUGAUUCCAGUGUAGAGGCCAUUUUAAAACCAAAGGUUAAAAUGGCAUUAAGAACGUCAGGACAUUUAUUGUUGGGUGUAGUGAGAAUUUAUUCCAGAAAAGCCAAGUAUUUAUUAGCUGAUUGUAAUGAGGCAUUUGUUAAAAUCAAAAUGGCAUUCAGACCAGGUGUGGUGGAUCUUCCAGAAGAAAAUCGUGAGGCUGCAGUGGCCGCCAUUACUUUACAAGAGAAUUUUCAUGAUUUUGAAACUACGUUAGCAGAUUUAGAAGAUCUAGAUGUUCAAGCUCAGUUUUCUGUGAACCAGAGUCGUCCAGAAGAGAUCACAAUGAGAGAAGAUUAUGCCAACAUUACUCUGCUCAAUGAUGAUGGAUUCGGCGAUGUUGGUGGAUUUGAUGAAAGAGAAAUCUUACGAGAUCAAUCUCAUGUUGAUGAUCCAUUCUUCAAACCAGCUGAUAUUACUGAUAUGGAAACCACAAAAGACCAAUCUAUGGCAGAGGCCAAUGAUUUGGGCAAACCCAUGGAUAUUGAUUUGCCUCAAAAUGAAGAUGGUUUUGGAGAUGGAAUUCCUUUCAUGAGUAUGUAUUCUCUCUUUUUUGACAACUCAAUUAGAGGAUUGUUUGAAGAUGCCCCUUCCAUGCAAGAUGUUCCCAUGGCACCUGAUGAAUCUAUGAUGUCCAAGAAGAUAGAUGACAGUACAGCUAGUGAUGUCAAUGCUUCAGCUCUACCACAAGCUUCAAUCACUGGUCUCCCUGGAGAACAAACAACACUGGUCCAUAAUGAAGAGGAAGCUUUUGCCCUGGAACCUCUAGAUGUUACAGCUGUUGCUGAAAAGAAAGGAAAACGAAAGAGGAAGCUCAUCGUUGAUGAACAGAAGGGUAUUCCCAGUGAAACCAUGAAACUUCAACUGUCAGUCACUUCUGACAUAGUCACCACCCUUGAUUUGGCUCCUCCCACAAAGAAACUCAUGCAUUGGAAGGAAACAGGAGGUGUGGAGAAACUUUUUGCACUACCUGGCAGACCCAUUAUUUCUAGGGUAACCAUGAAGCAUUUUGGUAGAAAUCUGGUCACCAAACCAGUGAAAGAAGAUGCGGAUGAAGAGAGAUUAGAUUUGGAAUCCACAGAAAUUGUUAGAGAAGAUGACAAGCAACAACCGCCACAAAUGGAUAUGAGCCGUCAAUCAGAAAUGAGCACAAUAGUAGAAGAACCAUCAAUAAAUGAAACCUCGCGGCGUUCCAGACGCAGCGAUAAAAAUAAAACUUUGGAAGACCCAUCCCUCAUCCAGAACCAAUCUUCAGUGGCAGACCAAUCCACCUUACAAGAUCCUUCAGCAAUCCAGAACACUACUGCACCUCAUGAUGACAUCUUUGGUCAAACCUUCAAUGAAGCAGUGGUGGAUCUACCCAAUGAUCCUAUGUUGAAUGAUCCCAAUAUGGAGGAUGAUGUGAUAGAAGGUGAAGUGGAAGGAGUGCUGGCUACAGAAGAUGAAGAUGAACAGAGAUGGAGUAAAAGGACACAAGUCAUGCAGAGAACAUUCGAUGUGGCAUUUAAAUACAAUCAAGAACUCAGUUUUAAGGAAAUGGCCAGGAAACUGGACCGAAAACAAGCUGCAUCACGUUUUUACACCUUACUUGUUCUCAAAAAACAUCAAGCCAUCACAGUGGAACAAAUGGAACCUUAUGGAGACAUCUUAAUUGGACGUGGUCCACAUUUCGGCAUCACUUGUUAA